UAGAACGCUACAAUCAUAAGCUUUCCUUAAAUUUGUAGCUUCUCACACGACUUUCAUCAAACACAUUGCGGAACGCUAAAAUUCCCAAAGCUUUCCACCAUAGUUGUAGCUUCACCAGAGCUUCACAUACGUGGCGGUAACUUCAUAGCUUCUCUCUAACACGCGUCAUUUCCCACAUUUUCUAUAUUCCUUUGAUGAUUUUAAGCAAACUCAUCACCAUAUUCGCACAACAAGAACAACCCACACAAUGCACCGUUCAACUCCCAAUUCCAAUUUCUGCAAAUUACUCGCCAAUGGAUACAGAAGCCGUCGUGGGUUUUGCUCAUCUGAUACCCACUCUCACUUCAACAACGCCAGUGGGUCAAUGGCCUCCCGUUUGAACUCUCGUUCGGUCAUUCGAUUUCGGGGUCCCGACACCGUCAAGUUCCUUCACGGUUUGUUGACUAACGACGUGCGGCGAUUUGGGGAACCCCCAAGUGAUAAAACGUCGUCUUUGCCCACUCCCAAUUUGGCGCCGGUGACGGUUACGCCUAUGUAUGCAGCUAUGCUGACGCCACAAGGGCGGUUUUUGUAUGAUUUGUUUUUGUAUAGGCCGCCUAAGCCUGACGAGAAGCUUAAUCGGACUGGUUCUGGGCCUGGUCCGGCCUCGGAUGAUUCGGUGGAGUUGAUGGCUGAUGUGGAUUCUUCUGUGUUGGAUGAGCUUUUGGUGACGCUGAAGAAAUAUCGCUUAAGGUCUAAGGUAGAUAUUGAGAAUGUGGCAGAUGAAUUUUUUUGCUGGCAACGCUUUGGUGAAAAGCUCUCUAGAAAUGCUUCCUCUGUAGAGGAACCAGAGGCUGCCAAUAUUGGGUGGGGUGCUAGUGUUGAUCCAACAGCAAUGUCAGCUUCACGAGGGGAAGACAUUGGUUGGCAAUGGUUUCAAGAUCCAAGAUUGGAAUGCCUUGGUUUCAGAGGGAUUUUUCCAUCUAACCAAACACCUCCCCUCAUUGAGGCAGAUAAAGAAACAGAUGAAGAUAAUUAUGUACUUUGGAGACUGGAGAAGGGAGUUGCCGAAGGUUCAACUGAGAUUCAAAAAGGUGAGGCAAUCCCUCUUGAAUACAACCUGGUAGGCCUAAAUGCAAUAAGUUUUGACAAAGGGUGUUACGUGGGACAAGAGCUUGUAGCUCGAACACACCACCGAGGAGUUAUCCGUAAACGUGUAGUUCCUUUGAAGUUUCUAAAUGACAGAGGGGAAGAUGCUGAGCAGAAAGUAUUGGCAGGAUCGGAAGUGAUCAACUCUGCAUCCAACAAAAAAGCAGGUAAUGUGAUUGCCGCACUUGGGUGUCGUGGACUUGGUCUCUUGCGCUUGGAGGAAGCUUUCAGAGGAUCACAAAGUUUGGCCAUACAAGGUCUCGAAGGCGUGAAGGUUGAAGCCGUCAAACCGGAUUGGUGGUCGGCAGAAUGGCUUCAAGAGCAUUAACAACAUAACACUGCUGUUGCAUAGAGUUAAGGAACCUCUACUCAGUUUGAUCAAUUCUUCUCAUCCUUCAGGCAUGGUUUUAUUUAUUGUCAACUACCUUACUAAUAACUCAGAUGUAUGAACCUGAAAAGGUUUCAGUUAUGCCUCUAGAUGUUGAAUAAUAUUUGUAUACAAACCCAACUUUUUUUUCCUCUAGAAAUUUAGCUGGGAUUGAAGUUUUGCCUGGCAGGCUUAUGUAUGGGACAAAAUUUAAGUUUUGAACUUUACACACUGACGUUUCUUUAAUUCUGAAGGGUGGUUGGGUCUCAACGUUU